AUAGACUAGAAUAAAUCUGACAACAACUUUUUUGUUUCUUUCUUUCUUUUUUUUUUUUUUUUCUUUCCAUUACAUUUUUAAACAUGGAUGCUGUUUCAAAGAGAUUAAUCAAGGAGCUGCGUGAAAUUGACAGAGAGGCAAAAUCACACCCAGAAAUAGUCUCACUUGCACCAGAGAACGAUGACAACUUGAUGCAAUGGCGAGCUGUUCUUGCAGGACUUGCAGACACACCUUACGAAGGCGGUCGCUUUGAAUUGUCAAUAGAUAUACCUCAUAACUAUCCUAUUCAUCCUCCCAACGUGAAAUUCGUGACUACCAUUUGUCACCCCAACAUUCAUUUCAAGACGGGCGAGAUUUGUCUAGACAUAUUAAAGACAGCAUGGUCACCUGCCUGGACCUUGAGAUCCACACUAUUGGCCAUCUCUCUCUUACUGAGUCAUCCCGAACCUUCUUCACCUUUAAAUUGUGACGCUGCCAAUUUAUUAAGGUGUAAUGAUAAAUUAGGUUACGAAAGCCUGAUCAAAAUGUAUACCCAACUCUAUGCCAUU